AUGGGCUCUAUGAUCUGGAACCGCAUGGUCUUGCGGCUACCGCCAAUUCUUCGUCCUCGCUGGACAUGGAGAUACCUCUUAUGCUUCAGCGUUGCCACAGUCGCAAUCUACAAUUUCUUGUUGGCGCGCCCCUUGCUUUCAUCCAACCUGCCUCCAUAUACCGGACCGUACCAAGUCGGAACCCUCGACCUCGAAGCGCCCUGCGAGCCAAGGAGGAUCAACGAUGCCACGCUUAAGGAUGGGCAACAUCCUGCUUUCGAGGUUGAAACCGUGCUUUUCACUUUAUACUACCCGUCGGUAGACGGUGCGAGCUCGUCGAAACCGCACCAUCUCUGGGUUCCCCGACCACUGGGUAUCGUCGGGGCUGGCUAUGCUCGUUUUGCUAGGAUUAGUAACUUCUUGACCAACUCGGUGAUGACAUUUGCAUUGUGGGCGUUGGCCGGCAGUAUCAAGAUCCCGGCACAUGUCGAUGUCCCUCUCCACCACGGUCCUGCCGUCCUUCAGACACCGGCGGGGACUUCCUCGGUCGAAGUCGAUGAAGGGUUUCCUGUGCUGGUAUUUUCUCAUGGCAUGGCUAGCUCCCGCACUCAGUAUACGCAAUACUGUGGAGAGCUUGCUAGCCGGGGACACGUUGUGGCGGCGAUUGAACAUCGGGAUGGUAGCGGACCGGGAACUCUCAUCAUGAGUCCAUCGGGUCGUCACAGAACUCUACUUCACUUUAGCCACCGUGACCUGCAUCAUGAUGCCGGGCUGGAUGCCGAUACGUUCAAGCAGGCGCAACUUGAUUUCCGUCAAGCAGAGGUUGAGGAAACUGUGCGGGUGCUCAAACAGAUCAACGCCGGUCAUGGAGAUAGAAUCUUCAGUCAAAACUCUCGCGGUGAGGGCCAGCACCUCAAGCACUGGCGAGGUCGUCUGGCAAUGAACAAUACUACGAUCGGUGGACACUCCUUCGGAGCCACAUUGGCCUUGCAAACCUUGAAAGGCGGACCUACUAUACAUCUUCCGUUUCAGAGUGCCGUUGUCCUCGAUCCCGGUAAACAGAGCGGACCAUUGAAUCACGAUGUCAACGUCUCGACACUGGUCAUCCAUUCCAACUCUUGGUCGAGCAGAUACUCGAUAUUCUACGGACGACCACACUUUGAGACGGUCAAGGAUGUGGUUUUAGGUGUCUUGGAGAGAGGCAAAGCAGCAUGGUUUAUGACUUCGCUGGGCACAAGCCACCCUUCGGUGACAGACGCUCCUCUGAUAGAGCCUCUCCUUCUCAACUGGGCGACGGGCUCGAGCAUCGAUGCACACGAAGGUGUAAGGCAAUACGUGAAGGUCUCGGAAAUGUUCUUGCAAUAUCAAACGUCCGGGGUCAAGAAAGGUAUCUUGUCCGAGUGCGUGACACAUCCCGAGUACAACUUGCCGGAAGAAGGGAGGUUCGAGAAGGGAAAACCGUCGAAUGAGGACAUGUGGAAGUACUGGCAGAUUCAUGCUGCUCCGUGCGGCCCGGAAGCGUUUGAGAAUGAGAGCGAGGGAACUUUGUACCCGGAGACCAAUCCGCUACUUAACGGAUAG